AUCCUCACCAUCCGAUUCCUUCUGGCCGCCAGAUACAGAUUCUCUCUCUCUCUCUCUCUCUCUCCAAUUUUCCAGCUUCGGGAACUUACACGAGACUCGGGAUUGUGAAAUUUCGAGUAGUGGAAUUUGAAAACAGAGGAAACUAUCGAAAACCCUAGAAGAAGAAAGCAGGGUUUGGAGAUCGUAAUUGGACACUUUCAGACACUCGUGAUAUAUAUAUAUAUAUAUAUACACACACACGCCUAUACAUUGAUCUUCUAUCGAUUUGCGAAGAUUUUCAUCAUGGUCGUUACUGCUGCUACUUCUGCAUUCUUUCCAGCUGCUUCCCCGCAUCUCAAAUCUGGCCCAAACACAUCGGACAAGCUUGGAGGAUUGCCAUCAACAGUGGAUGGACGGAGCAUAAACUCAAAGUCUGCUUCUAGUGGCAGUUUGCAUGUCAAGGCCAAUGCCCAAGCUCCUUCCAAAGUAAAUGGUAACAGAGUUGGCAUAGUUGAAGGCCUCAAGGGUGAUAAUGAAACACCAUCACCUCAGCCAAGGACUUUCAUCAACCAAUUGCCAGACUGGAGCAUGCUUCUUGCUGCUAUCACAACAAUAUUUUUGGCUGCAGAAAAGCAAUGGAUGAUGCUUGAUUGGAAGCCAAGGCGCCCUGACAUGCUUGUCGACCCAUUUGGUUUGGGGAAAAUUGUUCAGGAUGGUCUUGUUUUCCGUCAGAACUUCUCUAUCAGAUCCUAUGAAAUAGGGGCUGAUCGGACUGCCUCUAUGGAGACGUUGAUGAACCAUUUGCAGGAAACAGCCCUUAACCAUGUGAAGAGUGCAGGGCUUUUAGGCGAUGGCUUUGGUUCAACUCCUGGGAUGUGCAAAAAGAACCUCAUUUGGGUGGUUGCCAAAAUGCAGGUUCUCGUGGAUCACUAUCCUACAUGGGGUGAUGUUGUGCAAGUGGACACUUGGGUAGCUGCAUCUGGAAAGAAUGGUAUGCGGCGUGACUGGCUUAUCCGUGACUGGAAAACUGGGGACAUUUUAACAAGAGCUACGAGUGUCUGGGUGAUGAUGAAUAGAGAGACCCGGAGGUUAUCUAAAAUUCCAGAUGAAGUUCGACUUGAGAUAGGUCCUUAUUUUGUGGAUUCACCACCUGUUCUGGAUGAAGACAGCAGGAAACUACAGAAACUUGAUGAAAGCACAGCAGAUUGUAUUUGCAGUGGUUUAACUCCUAGAUGGAGCCAUUUAGAUGUCAACCAACAUGUUAACAACGUGAAAUACAUUGGCUGGAUUCUUGAGAGUGCACCUCCGGAGCUUUUGGAGAGUCAUGAGCUUUCUGGAAUGACUCUGGAGUACAGGAGGGAGUGUGGGAGGAACAGCAUUCUGCAGUCUCUGACGGCUGUUUCAGGGGGUGGCAUUGGGGGAUUAGUUGAUUCUGGUUAUGUUGAGUGCCAGCAUUUGCUUCGACUUGAGGCGGGGGCUGAGAUCGUGAAGGCAAGAACCCAGUGGAGGCCCAAAUAUGCGAAAAGCCUGGGGAGCCUGGGGAGCCUGCCUGCAGAGAGUGCUUAAAUGGAGUGGCUGAGCUUGGCAGUAGACCCCAUCUCCAUCCUCUUCUCAAUGCCUGCCUGUGUAAAAAUCCUAAUUGAGUUCCUCCUGGUCCUUGGACUUGAUAUAUAUAUAUAUAUAUAAUAUUGCCUUUCAUCUAUAUCCUUAAUUACGAGAGCAGAGGAAAGAUGUAAAAGCCCAUUGUAAGUAGAAGCUUCUUGUGUUCUCCCAGUUUUUCUAAAGAAUCUCUUUGGAUUAGGUUGUCAUCCUCUUAUUGUAAUUUUUUUUUAUCAUUUAUCAUUUCUUACAUUGUAUUAUGGGCAACUGAAGGGAUACGGAUAACUGGAGCAUUUAAAGCAUCGAAAAGCUACGGUGAUGGGGAGCUUCAGCUUGUUCCGAUCAUUGGAACUUUCUUUUCUACGUUACGUUUUCUUUUUUAUGGUGAAUGUCGUUAAUUCUUUUUUACUUUUUGGUAAGGAAGAUUAUAGUAAGGCAGUGAUUUUCAUCUA